AGUAUGAAGUAAAUAAAGUAAAGUAAAUAAAAUAUAGUAUAAAGCAAAUAAACCGGUAUUUAGCCUGAAGACCGUCACUGGCAUGCGCAGUCAAGUUCCUCCACUGGCUGAGACCUUGACAAGAUGAACCACUCUCAUGUCUCUCUAUAUUUAGAAAAAUGUUGCAGCCCUCAAGUCCUUUGACCCCAAUGUUGGCUGCCAGGUGAUAGUCACUGAGCUUGCCGCUAGGGGCGUGCUGCUUCUCGACCUCUGACCCUCUCCACUGGCCGAGUAGGUGGAGGCUGCGUACGUGUGACGGGACGAGCGAACUCACACUGAGUAAAUGUUGAUGUUGGUGACAACACAAAGAGACAUCCGUGCACUCGUACACCAGGUCGACCCUAUAACACAUGUUUGUUGUUGUUGUUGUUGCUGGCUGCAGGUAGAGAUACGUCAUGCCUGCAGCUUACCUGGAGCUGAAGGACAAGUUUGGCAAUGAUCUGAGGUUUGGAAAUGGAGGAGAUAUCUGGUACCCUCCCUUUCCCUUAGUACAAGAUUAUCGACAACACGUCAAAGACAUCCGUCAGGUGGAGCUCCGUCCAGAUGACAUCCUCGUAACGGGUUUCCCCAAAACAGGAACUCACUGGCACAACGAGAUCUUGCACAUGCUGCGGGACGGAUCACCGGAGUUCGUCACCAAACCCGAGACCAGAGAGUCCUUGGACUAUUCAACAAAGAAAGAGUUAUUGCCCCCUGAUAAUCCACGAAUACUUGCCACUCAUUUCCGCUACCAUCAUCUUCCUCUACAAGUGUGGGAGAAGAAAGUCAAGGUCGUGUACUUGACCCGAAACCCUAAGGACACGUGGGUUUCCCUUUACAACCACGCGCAUGGACACUCGGGUCUCUGCAACUACAAUGGUCCCUGGAAUCAGUUCUUUGAAGUCAUGAUGGACAUGGGAUUCUGGUACGGCGACUGGUUUGACUACGUGUUGGACUGGGAGGCGAAGUUGUCAGCUGACAAAGAACUCGACUACAUCAUCUCUCCCUUUGAAGACCUCACGCUGGACCCUGUAGGACAAAUAGAGAAGCUGGACCAGUUCUUGGGAUUCAACAGGGGCAGAGAACUGUGUGAGCGCAUCGCGGAAGCUUGCAAGUUCACUAACAUGAAGGUGGUCAAGGAUGCGCAGAUGCCGAGUGAAAUGAAAGCAAAGAUUUGGAAAGAAAACGCGCCAGGCUUCUACAGGAAAGGCGAGGUCGGGGACUGGAGGAACUGGUUCACUGUGGCCCAGAACGAGGCUUUCGACGAGCUGUACGAGAAACGUAUGGCCGGCAGUCAGCUGACUUACAGAUACGUGUGAUUAGUGUCUAGUAUAUGGCUGUCACCUGGUUUGACUUCGAAUCAAAUUAAGCUUUUUUUUUUUUAGUCACAGACAGACAGACAGACAGCAGUCCGCCAGCAUUUAUCCCAUAUGUCGCGUGUUUCUUUAAAAAAUAAAUUGUAAAUUCUACGUCAUU